UAAAUAGGAAAAGGAAAUGCCGUGUGAGACGCAGUUGCGCAGAACAUGCAGACCGCAGCCAUCGCUGGCGGCUCGUCUGAACUGUAAGCCGUGUAAUCGGGCUGCGUUCUUUGUCCUUGGUGUGGGCAUUGGCAUGUUAAUGGUGCGUGGCAAGUCGAGCGGCGGUCAAGAUGCUAAGAAGGACAAGGGCAAGGACAAGGGCAAGGGCAAGGAGAAGGACAAGAGCAAGGAUAAGAAGAAGGAAUAAGAUCAGCCGUCGUGCCCUUUGCCGUCGUCAAGCUUGAUCCACCACUAUAAAGCCCAAGUUUGCAUUAGGAGAGUGCGCAGUCGAUGCUACCAAGGCCUGUUACUCGAAGUUCGUCCCAGACUUUGUAUCAUCGUCUACAAUGCUCAGAUGUGCUUAUAUUUGAGCAUGAGUGCUCGCUAACACGAAUGUGAAGCUAUCAAUCCUCUUAUAUUUUUAAUAUGUAAUUUUUCGGUAUCGAUAUCUUUGGCUUCAAAUUCAAAUACAAAUUUUAUAAUCAAGAGUAAUAAUAUAUAUUUAUGCACUGUA